UCAGACACGCUCGGUUGCGCCAGAUUGUAAAAGAUUUGGGAUUUAUUUUUCUCAUUUUCGCUGUCUCUCAAACUCUUAGGUAAUCUUGACAAUAUCCUAAAAUUAAGGACGUGAUUGGAGCCAGCUUAACCAAUUUGACUACCGACAGACAUAAAGGCCCAUCUUGUUUCCUUAACCGCUUCAUUCCAGCGUUUUAUAGUCUAGAAAAGGCAAAUUGCCGGCGCGGCUUCGUUGUACCAGAUCUUUGCGCACGAAGCCAAGUAACCUAUUUCAGCGACCAUGAUGGGCUUAACGAUUCAUAAUUAGGCCAAUUCGAUAUUUACAAGUGCUCAUUUUCAAAUGGCAAAGCUGCUUAAUGAUGCUCUGAUUCUCCUCCACUGUGAAUGGACGUGUGCGCAGUAACGGGCCCCCCCCCCCUGAUAAUGCGCUUCGUGCGGGCCUCCACAACAUAAACACAAACAAAACAUUUAUGCAACACUGAAGUCUAACGACGACUGAAUUUAGGAGCUGUUGCUGCUCGAAUUUCCGGCUUGAUCCAUUUACACUUGUGCUGUUUUCUCUCUUUUCCCCCACAUAUUUGGAACGCAAAUGUUUCCACAAAUGUCAUUUAAUAAGCAUCUGGCUUCCCCGGAAAGGAAGGGAAGAGUCCUUUAAAGGUUAAUAAAAAGAUAUAAUUUUUUUCUCUAAGUAGGAGGUUAAGGUCCUACGCCAUGCAACAACGGGAAUCAAAGCGGUUAUAUUCAUCCCCUAAUUGCAUUAAUGUCAUGUGUUGUAUCUCCCGCGUGUUUACAAAAAAAACUGUCCCCCUUCUGAGCUUGACCUCCCAUUUCUACUGGCUGCAUAAUAGCGGAGGUUGAAGCUCGGUGUGGGCCCUACUUCAGACGUGCGUCGAGCCUGAAGGUCGGAGUGCUGCGUGUGCGUGUGUCUGAUCCACUGUAGGCUACCGAGGCGGCAUCAGCUUGAGGAAGGCAUUUCUCUUUACCCCGACAAACCUUCAGGGGGCUUUUAGCAUUUGUUCAGUCUGCAGUCUCUGGAAAACAUCUGAUUCAUUUUUUAACCAGUCCCAGAUGCGCCAGUGUGAGAGUGUGUGUGCAUGAGCGCGGCAGUGUGAGCCUGUCAGUGCGAGAGAAAUUUGGGAGAAUAUCUGCUGUCUGUAGAAGGGGAGGGAAACAAGAACCGUGUGGAUUUUUUUUUAAAUAUAUCUUUUUAGGUAUGAACGCAGAUACGUGCGUCUCAUACUGCGAUAUGACAUCGAUGGAUUCAUAUUAUAGUACAUCUACUGCGCAAAGUAGAGAUCACCAAGCGAACCCUUUCAGGACUUUCCCAACCACUGAAACAAAAUACAGUCCCACGUUCAUUCCGGGUAAAGGGCAGGCUUACGGAGAGAAGUCCAGAAGUCCUUUCCAGCCGGACUGCCAGUCACUGGAUGGCGCUGAGGAGGGCACCUUCAACAAAUACCAGCUCUUCAUGCAGCGACCGACCUGCAAAACUCCCCCGGAAGGCAGCAAGCUGCACCCGGACAGCACACACAACGGGACGCUCAUCUCCUGCUAUGGAAAGGACAGCAGCAGCCUGACAGAGUCUGAGCUGCCCCAGAGCGUCGACCCUCCUGGGAUGGAAAGCAGCUACCUGAACCUAAAGGACACUGGAGUGAAGGGGCAGAGCGAACGCCCGGGGUCGGACCUUUCUAGCCCACUGGAAAAAAGCGAGGCCGAGAGCAACAAAGGCAAGAAGAGGCGCAAUCGCACUACGUUCACCAGCUACCAGCUGGAGGAGCUGGAGAAGGUUUUCCAGAAGACACACUACCCUGAUGUAUAUGCCCGUGAGCAGCUGGCACUCAGGACAGACCUGACAGAGGCCCGUGUACAGGUGUGGUUCCAGAACCGCAGAGCCAAGUGGAGGAAGAGAGAGCGUUUUGGCCAGAUGCAACAGGUCCGCACGCACUUCUCCACAGCUUAUGAGCUGCCGUUGCUCACGCGACCUGAGAACUAUGCACAGAUCCAGAACCCUUCAUGGAUAGGGAGCAGCAGCGGGGCAUCUCCGGUGCCCGGUUGUGUCGUGCCUUGUGACUCUAUGCCCUCCUGCAUGCCCCCUCACCCUCACGGUCCUGGAGGCGUCUCUGACUUCCUGGGCGUACCAAGUCCAGGAAGCAGCCACAUGGGACAGACUCAUAUGGGCAGUCUGUUUGGGGGCGCUGGGAUCGGUGGGGGAAUCAAUGGCUAUGAUCUCAAUGUUGAUCCAGAUCGAAAGUCCUCCAGCAUAGCUGCGCUGCGUAUGAAGGCCAAGGAACACAGUGCAGCCAUCUCCUGGGCUACAUGAUGUUCCAGCCCGAUCCCAACCUGCCCCCAUAAGGCCCCUGCCCUGGAGCAGCCGUCAGCAAGCACUAUGGGGGGAGGAGGCGAGCACUAAUGAUAACACAGGUCAAAUGAACAGGGAGAGACUGUGGAGAUAACAGAGGCCACCGCAGCUGCCGAUGCAACCAAGACAACUGUGUCUAUGAUAAUCAGCAGAUGCUGAAAGUGAGAGACAAGCAGAGGUGUGACUUAGAUGAGAAUAUCACCUAGAUAUUCAUUCUUGAUUCCUUGAUCUCUCAGGUCUCAUGCAACUAUGGUGUUUACACCCCAAUAAACCGUUUAACAUGACGCUGUUUUCAGUAAAAUUCAGCAAACCCAAACCUGGUUUUAUUAAUGUCCUCAUAGCCUUAUAGUCUAUAAUGCCAAGUACGGUAUCGUCAUUUAAAGACCAGAUCUUGAUUCACAUGAUUUGCCUUCUUUAUCCUAUCUUUUAUACCGACCAUCCCACCACACACCAUUCUGUUCCACUGCAUAAACCAGUUCAUUUCUGUACAUUUCACUAGUAUGUUGUUGGGAGUUUAUUUCCCUGCAGAGAAGGGCAGAGUAAGUGAACAGAGUCUAACUGAGUGAGAGCAGACAUGGCCUGCCAAUUGAGUCUGGGUGGAGGGCAGGGCUUGGAUUGGCAGCAAUUUCAAAUGAAGUUGUCAUUUCCCUCCCAGGGUUCCCUCCACAGGUUCAACUAAUAGGCUCAGGCUUCAGGUUACAGGAAAUGGUGUCUCCAUUGGCACAGGAAUGCACAGCAGCAACCUUCAACACCAGCUUACCACGCCAGCUCUAAUCAGCAACCAGCAGGAAUAGACACAGUUAAUUAGCAUCAAAGUGAGCCUUUCUGCCCUGUGAAAGCUGCAGUACAUCACAGUCUACAUGGUGAGGACAUACUGCACACACACAGAAGUGAUCGCUUCAUCGCUAGACGCGGGUUCAGCAGGGAUGAAGGUUCGAUUCAUAGCUUGGUAACAGAAUCUUAUACAUGCCAGAGACUGCAGGCCAAAUCAGUGGGCCUAAUCGUCCCGAAGAGCAUUCGGUAAUGUUUGGUCAAUGUGAUGACAUUAGAGCUGGACUACAGGAAUGUGGUGAGCAUGUCCAGUGAUUGUAGGGGUAUCUGUGUGUGUGUUACCCCGCCGGAAUAAGCUUGUCACCAGAGCUGGGCUCCAGGCCGAGGCUAGAGACAGGCUUCAUUAGCUUUUUGGCUGAUCUCUCUAUGACGCAUGCUGGGCUACAUAUCGGUUUUCUUUUCUCCUGCGUGGAUGAUGGCAAGAAACCCAGUGUGACGUCUUAAAAUGUCUCGCUGCCCAAAACCCAAAGAUAUUCAGUUUAUGGUAACAUAAGAUAAAGUUAAACAUCAAUUCAACAGUUUGUUUGGUGCUUUUGCUUGACAAAUGACUUCAUUGAUCAAGUGUAUAUGAUUAUAGUGGUUGAGUUACUGUGACCCACUGCUGCAGUCACAUCUGAGAUUUCAGCAAUAUAAAAAAACCCCUCUUUUAAUGGUGAUACUUGUCUAUUCAACUACUAAAUGUUGCGUCAGCAUCUCAAACCAAAACAAAAGGGCCCGCUGGCCACUGCUCACCUCCCUCAUUUCAUAUUUCAGUUACAGUUAGGAAGGUAUUUUACAUGACAGCCAAAAACACCAAAAUCCAGUCAUGAUAAUUGGCUGACGGCUGCAUUGUGAAACUUAUUGCAUGGUAGCCAUGUGCUUUAAGUCAGCUGAUCAUGAGCCCACCGUGGUGAUGAAAGUUUGUGUUGCCUUUCUCCUUUUCCGUUCUGCUGCGGCUGAGGUGGUAGAAUAAUUUGACAAUGACGUGGAGGGUUAGCAGUUUGAUUCUCCUCUCUGGGCAAGACAGCAAACCCAGUUUAAUCUCAGUGACAGGCCCACACCUUGCAUGGCUCUGUCCUCUUAGUGGUUGCUUACUGGUCUUAAUCUUCAAGGUUUAGUUUCCUGGACUUGGAAUAAUUCUAGUCCUGGACUAAAACGUUUUUCAGCGGGGAUCCUUAUCAAUGUUUUCUUUUAGUCUUGAGCUAGGCUUAAUACAAGCCUAGGACUGAUACAAGCAAAUGUGCUACAUAAGAACUGUCCAUUUACUACUCCUCUGCUCUCUGUCUCACUGUGUGUACAGUGCGAUGGAAACAAGCACAAGCAAAAGAGAGCAAAACAACAGGAUUCAGAUAAUCUGAAAUGAUGUGACUGCACAGAAAAAGAUGGAUAAAAUACUUAUUUGCUUCUUGGGACAAAUGCUGAUUGCUCAGCCUCUACAUUGUCUUUUCAUUUUUAGUGUCAUUCUGGUCUCUUUAUGAAGACGUCCCAAAGAGAGGGACUCACAUGCACUAGCAUGUACAACCAUGUUUUCCGUUCAGAACAUCAAAAAUGUUAACGUUUACCUUUGUGUGUGCAAGGAAAGACCAUUUAAGGAGGACCAGAUGAUGAUGUCUGUAUUCUCUUUAUAUAUUCCCUGCAGAGGGUACUCAAACCUCAGCAAAGUAAAAGACAAGGACCUCUAAGAUUAGAAAUGUGUGGCUCAAUCCUUACUUUGUCAAGUUGACCUUGCGUUGCCGGUACUCCCUCAGUGCUCCACUCCUCUGCAGCUCCGUCCGUGUUGAUACUACUGAAAUAAAGCAAUUGAAAUCCAUGGUUGUAAUGUCAUAUUGUGUGAAUAUGAACAAUAUAAAUAAUAUUGUUAAUUUGCUUGUACAUUUGUUUUGCUUAUUUGUCAAAUAAUGGACCACAAGAGAUAAGCCAAUGAAGUAUUACCUUAAUAUUGCCGAGAAAUGUAAAAUUAUGUUCUUUGUUAUUUUGAAAAGUAGCCAUGGAAGAAAGGCUGAAAACUUGUUCACAUUUUUUUUUAUGGCUUUAAGCGUUUUUUUGUAUAUUAAUCAAAUAUUUCCAUGUAUGAUUGUGCCAGUGCAAUAAGUUAUUGCACUUAGAUUGUCCGAGUUUUUUUUUAAUCAUUAUUUUUGCCUAUUCCACUGGGACGCUUCCUUUAAUAAAGCCAGAGACUACGUGGUUUUGGUUUUGUCCCAGGAGAAACUAAGAAAAACUAAAAAAAGAGAAAAAAAACGAAGCCCGUCCAUAUUUAGCGCUGCUCAUGUGCUGUAUUUUUGUACAGAAGUAACUCGCUGUGUUUGUUAAUGAUGGUAAAUGAUUUUGAAAUAAAUUGAUCUCCAGUG